AUGCCAAGGACAGGAGGAGAGUCACCUACGGACUUCAAUGAGUGUGUGUCAAAGAAUGAACUGCAGAAACUUGUUGAUGACCAGCGCAACUACAUCGACGGGAAGUUUGAUGAGCUGAUGCGCACUAUCAACGGCCUGGUCACCAGGGUUGAAUAUGUUGAACAACGUCACCCUCCACGGCGACACCGACGCCAACCUAAUGAGGAUGACGACGAUGAGGAUGCCGACCUUGAUGCUGAUGCUCGUGCUGCGGACUAUCUUCGGCGCAAUCGUCAAGGUAUGGGAGGUAAUCAAAAUCGUGGUAACAAUGAUCCUUUUGCUAAAGCCAAAUUUACCAUGAUUCCUUUUGCUGGCACUGCUGAUCCUGAGGCUUAUCUAGAUUGGGAACUUGCUGUUGAACAAAAGUUUAAUUCUCAUUUGGUUCCUAAUGAGCAUAGAGUUAGACUUGCUACUAGUGAAUUUACUAGCUUUGCUUUGUUUUGGUGGACUGAUCUUUGCAAUGCUGGUAAUGCUGCUGCUGUGCCUCAAACUUGGCCUGUUUUGAAACAACGCAUGAAGUCUCGUUUUGUUCCUCCUUAUUACCAGCGUGAUCUACGUUUAAAAUUGCAAAAUUUAAAACAAGGUGAUAAAGGAGUAGAGGAAUAUUAUCAGGAAUUGCUUAUUGGUCUAGCACGUUGUGGUAUUCAUGAGGAUGAUGAGGACACUAGUGCUAGGUUCUUUGGUGGUUUAAAUCGUGAUAUACAAGAUAUUCUUGAUUACAAAGACUGGAAUCGUUUUUCCCAAUUGUAUCAUCUUGCUCUUAAGGCAGAACGGGAAGUACAAGGAUGCCGCAUUGCCCAACAUUCUUUCAGGUCUAACACUGGGAGAUUGUUUCAGCAGCGUUCCGACAUUGAGAAGCCCAAGGCGCCUGUUGCUAAGCCACCAGCAACACCACCAGCUCCUGUGCCAGUUUCUGAUGUAAGCAAUGUAUCUACUGUGCAGGCCCAACAACACAAGAAGCAUGCUACGCUUGAAAGGGGGUCUUCGAGUAGAUCAUCUACAAACAUCGUGUGCCAUCGCUGCAAGGGAAUGGGACAUGUCAUGAAGGAUUGUCCAAGUGCUCGUGCUUUCAUCACUGCACCUGAUGGUAAUGGAUAUGUAAGUGCUAGUGAUGUUGAGGAUGAUUUGGUCCUUGCAGCUAACAUUGUUUUAGAUUCGGAAGAAGAUGAGGGUGAGGCAAUUGAUUCCAUAGCUGCAACUGCGGAUUUUCCUAGUCUUCUUGUGCAGCGUGUGUUGACUUCUAAAGCAGACCAUGAGGAUGAGGAGAAGCUCCAACGCAAGAAUUUGUUCCACAUGUUUCUCAUCGUGCAGGAUUGUCAUGUUCUCACCAUAAUUGAUAGCGGAAGUUGCAGCAACUUGGUGAGUUCAGAUUUGGUCAAGAAGCUUGGCUUGACCACUCGUUCUAUCCCUCACCCCUACUACCUAGAAUGGUUCAACAAUUGUGGUAAGACUAAGGUAACUAAAUCAGCACGCAUCCACUUUUCUGUUGGUUCUUAUCGUGCCUAUGCUGAUUUUGAUGUUGUACCUAUGCAAUCAUCAUCGUUAUUGUUAGGACGACCAUGGGAAUUUGAUACUGAUGCUGCACACCAUGGUAGAACUAAUACAUAUACUCUCAUGCAUAAGGACAAAAAGAUUACUUUGCUUCCUUUAUCGCCGGCUGAUAUUAGGAAACAUUUUAAAGAGCAUGCUGAAAAUGUUAGCAAUAAAUCGUCUGAUGCUAAACCGAAUGGAAUUAAAUUGAAAGAAGGUGUUUAUAUUGCUACUACAUCUGCUGCUGCUGAGCUUUGUGGAGAUUGA